AGUCUCAGAGCUUCCACAAACGGUAAACUUUGUGUAAAAAAAAAAAGAAACGGUAAACUUAGAUCUAAAACACUUAAACACCACUAGUAUACUCUCAUCCAAAACAUGGCUUCCACCACCAAAGACUCGGAUUUUGCAUAUUUGGAACACAUUCAACAAUACCUUCUAUUUGAUGAUUACAGCCUUCUUACUACAUCAACUGAUGAUCAAUCUUUACCAAGCCCUAAAAGUGACAACGAUUCCGAUACAAUUUUAAAGGCGCGUGAAAUAAGUGCACCACCUACAUGGAAGAGAUACAAGGGCGUGAGGCGUAGGCCAUGGGGCAAGUUCGCAGCAGAGAUCAGAGAUCCAAAGAAGAAUGGUGCUAGAGUUUGUCUUGGAAUUUAUCUGACAGAGGAGGAAGCAACUUUGACUUACGACAAAGCUGCUUUCAAGAUGCGUGGUCAAAAAGCCAAACUUAAUUUUCCUCACCUGAUUGGCUCUGAUGUUUUGACAUCAAAGUCAAAGAGGGAUGUGGUUUUGAAACGAGAGUCACCUGAGCCCUCUUCAUCAGAGGGAAGUUGUGAGUCAACAUCACCAGGGUCGAAGAGGAGGAGGGGCAUGGUUGACCUACUUAACAAAUUCGCCAAUAAUAAAAGUCAAGCCAUGGUGGUUGAAAUUGAAAAGGCCUCACAAGCAAAUGAUGAUUUUCAGCAAUGGGUUAAUGAGUUGAAUGAUUGCACUCUAAUCUGGAGCUCAUAGUGCAGUUGUUUUCAUUUUAAAUUUUCUUUUAAUUUGUGCAGUUUAUUUCCUAUUAAAUUUUUUGCAUUACCCUGUUGAUAUUAAUCAAAGGGUGAUGUUUAUGCAAAACUACAACAAUGUUGUUAUUUUUCCAAAGUUCAUUUCUUUGGAUUUGAUGUUAAGUUGAAAAAAAGCAUAAUAAUUAAUAUGCAGAAUUUAAA